ACCUGUGGAGAUCAAGAACUAAUUUUGGCAAGAUCUGAUACGGUUCAACUCGCAAGGACUGCAAGGACUACAAACUGCUUUUGACCAGACGUUUAAGAAAGAUCUAAUACAUUUGAACUACAAACCAUUUUCUUCCAGAAAUUUUGGCGAGAUCUAAUACAUUUGUACUUCUGCAAGGAUUACAAACCAUAUUUUUCCAGAAAUUUCAGCAAGUUAUAAUAUUUAAUUUAAACUUCUCCUGCAAGGACUGCAAACCAUUUUUGACCAUAAAUUUUGUCAAGAUCUAAUACAUUUGAACUUCUCCUGCAAUUUUUGAAUUUUCAUCAAGAUCUUCUCCUCCAAGAACUACAAAACCGUUUCUGACCAGUAAUGGAAACCUCAAAACCUUUGGGAAUGUUUUACGACAACGUGUCGAUCGUAGAUCUGGACAGCUCUGCGAUAAACAACAUCUACAUUCAGGAGGACUUCAAUGCUUUCAGCGUCACUAUGGCCGUCUUGUACCUGGCCGUGUGCAUUGUGGGAUUGGCCGGGAACUCGCUGGUCAUCGUCGCCAUUCUGAAACUGGACAAAAUGUCUUCGGCGACCACCGUCUACAUUUUCAACUUGGCUCUGGCGGAUGGACUCUUCAUGGUAGGACUCCCGUUCAUCGCCAUCCAAAACUUCCAGGACCAGUGGAUCUUCGGAGACGCCGUUUGUAAGCUGGUUAUGGUUCUGGAUGGCAUCAAUCAAUUCACAAGCGUGUUCUGCUUGACGGUGAUGAGUGUUGAUCGCUAUAUGGCUCUGGUAGACCCGUUACGCUUCGCUCGCUGGCGGACACCGCAACGGGCGAAGAUCAUUGCCACAUUAAUGUGGUUUAUCUCUCUGUUUCCAGUGCUUCCAAUGGCUAUUCACUUUUCUGCCAACUAUGGUUUGUGCACCGUCGACCCUCAUGUUGCAUCUGACACCUGGUGGUUGGCCUUUCUUAGCUACACGUUCGUACUGGGCUUCGCCUUGCCGUUCAUCGUAAUGAUUGUGUUUUACACAGCACUUCUAGUGACUCUGAGAAACGCCAGACAGCAAACGUCUUCAUUGGAAAGUCACAGGUUUGAGAAACAGGUUACUAAGAUGGUAGUGGCGGUCGUUUUGGUGUUUGGCAUCUGCUGGCUGCCGUUCUACGUCUUCAACUUUUGCUCUCUGCACCAAAUAGACCUGAUGCUCGAUUUCACGCGUGGCUUUGAGUUUGUGGUGCUGCUGUCGUACUCAUGGAGCUGCGCCAAUCCAAUACUGUACGCAUGUUUGUCGGAAACCUUUCGAAGGCAUUUCCACUCCCUCCUUUGCCCUCACAAGAGCUCACGGACACACUGCGACAGAGACACCGAGGGCUUUGUAUUGCACGACACCAACGUACAAAGCAUGCUAGCUUAGUACGUCUUUGUUUUAAAUCGUUAGAAGGGUUUGUGUUGCAAUGCAUUCCCACUUUGUAAACAGACAAUCUUUGCUCGCCACACUUGUGUAGUACAGUCUCUGAGACUGCAUUUGCUUCUGUGCAAUAGAGAAAAAGACACGAGCAGACUGAGGCGUGAUAAGUGGUGAGUGGAAGUCGAUAACUCACACUUUUCUGCAGCAAUGUUAUUUCACCACAAAAGCAAAUUUGCUCGGUUUCUGUGCAAAGGAAGGGCCGUGUUGUAAGGAUGAUUAUGCAAUUUCUGCCCUCCUGUACAAGUGCUGUCAAACUGAUUGUGGACUUCGGGAUGAUGUCAUGGUUGUCAUGGCAUCCAGCUUGGACCAAAUAUUUGAGGAUUUUUGUGUGACUGUUACUGAAUGACACAUGAAGAAGGAAUGUGGCUGUGAAUUUGUUUGAAAACAGUUGAUGAAUAUGAUGUUAAUGGCCAACAUUUGUUUAAAUAACCAUGUGUUAUUAUAUAAUCUACACAGGGUAAUGUAUAUUUUUAUUAUUUGAUUUUUUAAUAUAUGUUAUUUGAUUUUUUUAAAUAUAUAUUUUGCUACUUUUUUGGAGGAGGGGGGGGGUUGCUUUUUUUGCUGGGAAGUAAUUAUGCUUUGUAAGUUUUUGAUAAUAUAUUCUGAACUGAUGAUUCUGAAAUGAUUAGAAAGUAUUUUAUGCUUCUGCUUUGAUGGCAAUAUUUUACUUUAUUGCAUGUAUUGAAUAUUUCCAUAUAAUCAUCCAAAAAUUUUUUUUUUUGGGGGGGGGGGGUAUAUUACUUUCUACAUAUGUAAUUUAUCAUUGUUCAUAAACAUUAAAAUUCACAGCUAACAACAAAGUGUGUAAUUCUAUUUCUUCAAGUAAGGGGAAUGAAUUAUUAAAACAUUCAUGAAUCUCUGAGCACCUCUCAAAAGUUUUUAGUGGAAGUUGUCAAAAGUUUCCAGAUUAAAGUUUAAGGAGAACCAAACAUGCAUUCAGUUUGAGAUGUUUCUGCUUCAAAUGUAGAAAUGUAUAACCACUUGCAGAUAAAAAACAAAUCUGUCAUCUACUUUAAGUUUGACUCAGGUUUGAUUUUAUAUACUGACAGCUUGAAGGCUUGCAACUGAGAAAUGCUUGAGAAAAUGGUCCACAACACUUCUUUGUCUCACAUCUGGCCCACAUUUGAAAUGUUAUAAAGGUGUUGUUUUUGCAGCAGUUUUAUAGGCAGUCAAGGUGCAAUACAAGCCCAUAACAUACCUUUCCUUAUUCAGUAUUCAUGACUAAAGGGGAACCUGCAUAAAACUUUUCUCAUCAAAAUACGAACACACAUGUAUACAUGUAUAAAUGCAUAUACAUACUCACACUUUUCUUAAAAUGAUCGUUGUUGCCUGUCAUCCUGUUAAAAAUAAAUAAAUAAAUAUGUAUGUAUGCAGAGCUGGGUAGAUUACUUACAAAUCGUAAUCUGUUACUGAUUCCAGAUUACACGACGAAGUAACGUAAUCCGUUACAUUACACAUUUUAGGUAAUAUAAUCAGAUUACUUUUAGAUUACUUUUGAUUUAACUCGUUUAUCACAUUGAUUUAAAUAGCAUUAUUUUGUACCAUAAUGAUGUAAAAAAUACAAAGAGUAAGAAAACUUGUUCCAUUAAUUGUAAUUUACAACAUGAAGUGCAUUAAACAUUAUAUUACAUCAAGGUUUCCCAAACUAAGGUUCGUAAAGGAACUGCAGAGGGGUUGUGAGUUUAAUGAAAAGCUGAGAAUUAAUUAAAUCAUUUUUUUUCUUUAAAAUUUUUUUUUUUAUUAUUUGAACUCCCUUUCGAGGAAAGUCUCUUCACUUGGCGGCCAUAUUUAAUUUGCAACGCCUCCGGGCAGCUCGUGCAAGACCUAUCUUAAUGAAUGGGGGAAUCCUGAAAUCUCAAAAACUGCUUGCUGAACUCAAAAUGUCAAAUCAGCAACAAAAAUCUGAAAUUAAUUGCCCCAUGAAUGUUGUUUCUUAUGCUCAAAUAGCGUUUAAAAAGCUUAUUUUUCAGGCUCGACCAGCCAAUGCGCACACGCGGAGUCAUAACGUGCUUAUACUGCGCAUGUGCCUGGUCACCUGGUCAGGUUUCUAUGGGAAAUUUGGACUAUUCCUCCAUACUGCGCGUUGCAGUUUUUCCCAUUCAUAAGUAUAGAACCGUCUUUGCAUUUCUAGUCUUUGUUUUAAAUAAAACACUUACUAAAAAAAGAUGAAAUAUUUGUAUUUACCUGCAUGCAAUGUGAUCAUUAAUCAACAUCAAAGAAACUGUGAGCAUGCAAAUGUGUUACUUAAUUAUUGAAAUAUUUAUUUUAAAAUCUAAGGGUACUUAAAGCAAAUAUAUUUGGUGAAUAAGGUUUAGAUGACAAAGUUUUGUAAUGCCUGCAUUACAUGUAACUAAGAAAUAACGUGAAUAUGUGCAUUUUAAUUAGUUAUAAUUAAUAAUACAUGGUUAAAAAACCUACAGAGUAAUAAUUCAAAUAAAAAUGAAUGUGUUCAUCAGUAGCCUAGUUGAUGCAAUGUUGAAAAUAUUUUUGUAAAUCCAGUGUUCAGAUGCAGUCGCCACCUGACUAAUGACUGAUCUUUGAGUGAAUUUCCACAAAACUGGACUAUAUAUACAUAUAUAUAUAAUAUGUAUAUAAUCGGUAGGCUAUUUUAGAAAGGAAAAUUUAAAAGAUGAAAAAGAGAAAUUAAGGAGAAUCAAUGAUUUAUGAAUAAUUUAUUGCUAUUGUGUGAAUAAUAUGUAAUCAUGUAAUCCAUAAAAAAGUAACUGUAGUCUGAUUACGAGUAUUUUAAAAUGUAACUUACUCUGAUUACAAGUACUUAAUUUUUGGAAUCUGAUUACGUAAUCCAGAUUACAUCAGUUACUACUAGGGAUGCACCGAUACUUUUAUUUUGGUACUUGUUGAUACCGAGCACCGAUACCGAUAUUUUCAUUGCAUUUGUAAAAAUUUCGUCUCAUCUGCCCUUCGUAUCUGUGGACAAUAUAUAUUCACAUUGACAUUCAUACCCAUCUUCGGUGCAAACCUCAGAAGUCAGCCACUCACCUCAAGUCUCCCCUGCACAGCUCCGUAAUCCACAUCCUGUUCAAUAAACAUUUAUGUACUAUUACUUACCUCUGUGUCCGGCUGCAUAUGUUACAGGUAUGUGAUGGAUUACAAUCAACCAAAAUUAUUCAGACAGCUGUUAGUAUCACAAUAUUUACACAACUAUCAAUACUUUGUCAGGCAACCCUUGGCCUUAAUGACAGCCUGUAGUCUCCUGGGCAUGCUGUCAACCAGGUUCAUGCAAACCUGAACUUCAGCUUUUUUUUUGUUUGUUUUUUCCAGACUCGGUCUGAAUAAUUUUUGGUUCCAAAUUUGUAUCAAUUUUAUUGGUAGUCCACUGUAUGAAGAAUUUUUGGAUAUAAUGUCACAGUUUACUUUAUUUUGCUAUCCUCUCUUACAUAAAUGAACUAUAGUGUCCUGCACCCACUAGUAAAAAAUAUCAAAUUAUAUUUGGUCUCUGAAUAAUUUUUGGUUUGACUGUAUAUCCUUCGGUUAUUUUCACACUUAAUUAUGCACAUUAAAAUGUAUUUUACAAGUUUUUGUUGCUUUCACUGUUCACUUUUUAUUUUUUGCUCUAUGGUACAUCAUCUUUAAUUCAAUUGCAUUAGAGCUGCUAAAAUCACGCGUUUUGCUGUAAUAAUGCAGGGAACCACUCGUUAUAAAUCUCCUAACUGUGAUAUUUUCAGAAGUAGAAGUCGCGUGUUUCUUUGCUUUUCUUUCUAAUGCAGAAACACUCAUGAAGCGAGCAAAACAUGCACAACGCGCGCACGUGUUUGUACUGGUGCAGAAUGAGAGGACAGCAGCCUCGCGCAUUUCACACAGGCUGCUAGUUUCACUUUCGCCAGAAAGUCGUGUAUGCUUAAGGUUGAAAAUAAAUUAUUUUAUAGUGAAUGCCCCUAUAAAUUGUCUUAGAUUUACGAUUCAGUUUUAAUCCAAGUGAUGCAUGCUAUGUGAGCGAACAUCAAUAAAGAUCACAGAAGUGCGCGCGCUCUA